CAUUACGCUACUCUCGCUUUCCAAUUUGGGACACGAGGGAGAUGACGGGCAGGAUGGCGCAAGUCGUCAGCCGGAGUAUGUUGCCAUGAACGAUGAAUCUCGACAGAUCAGAGCCGUGGACAGUAGUUCUUAACCAUUCAGCCGGUCACGAUAGAAUACCCCACCAUGAAGGCUGACAAUACCCCGCCAUCUUCACAUCGUCCACCAGCCAUGCAAAACACCAGCACACAGCCAAGCAGACACCAGCUCCCAUCAUGAUCACCGGCCUCCAUCACAUCAACCUGGUGGUUCCGCCCGAGACGUUGCACCUGGCAGAGGAGUUCUACAGCGGCACACUCGGCCUAACACCACGCGCUGUUCCGCAACUGCAGCGCGAGACCUUGGCUUGGUUCGACAUUGGCACCUCGGGGCAACAGGUGCACAUCGCCUUUGGCAAACCUGAAGAUUUCACGACGCCGUCGAGCAGGCAUCCGUGCUUUCGUGUUGGGAGUGAGGAGGAGUUGGUUAAGUUGAGGCAAAAGGUUUGGGAGCAUUUUGAGAGAGGAGGCGAGAGCGCACCGCAGCAGGCGGAUGGGCCGGGGGAGAAGAAUAGCGGCGCGGUGGGGGUGGAGUAUCCGACGAGGUUUUUUGCUAGGGACUUUGCGGGGAAUAGGUUAGAGUUCAGUCUUUGAAAAACGAACUGAACGAAUCACGGAGACAGGAAUAUCGGGUUGGGUAGAUGAUUGAAGUAAGAGAUGCUUUUGGUAGGUCAAAGUCUAUCUAGAAAAAAAUAAAAAAAAUUCGUAGAUCUAGUAUG